AUGAAAUAUAGAAAUUUCCGAAAUAUUGCAUUUACAUUGGCUGCUCGUCAUCAAUAUUAUAUUGCUUCUCAAAUGUAUACGUGUGAUAACACAUCUAUGUCUUCAUUUCUUUAUAGUGGCCAUAAGAUUAAGAAAAUUAAAGAAUUACACAGCUCGGCUGCUAAACAGCAUCAUUCACUUAAUCCAAAACAAGCUUUAUUUGAAACUGGUCAAAUAACCCUUUUUGGAAUCACUUAUGCCAUAGGAGAUGUUGUACUUAUUAAUGACUGUGUAUUUCCAACUGAUCCUGUUUUCGAAAAAAUCCUUACAAUUAUCGUGCAGAACAAAAUUAUUCUUCUUCGUCUUCAAUUAUUACAAAUUAUUGUUUUUAACCAACACCCAGGUUGA